AUAUCCUAUUAAACAGACCGAGGCAGCCAGCCUAAUGUAAUGAAAAGCAGCAGCCAGGAGGAUCACCUUGGCUGAAACUAGCAGCGUGUCCUUAAGUAGCUUCUCAUAUUUCCCCUCGCAGGUCAUUUAAGGACAUUUUGGCACCCAGCCGAAUCGGAAACGAACGCGUUUACGACCCUUUGCGCUGAUUGUCCAACACCCAGCGCCCUCUCCGAGCCCACUGUGACUGCCUUAUUCUGAAAUACGGUCCGUAUUUGCAUUAAAGUGGGCAUUUUUUCCAUUAACUGCUAACAUUUUUAAGAUUCCCCGAAAGUCGCCGCGGAAUGACGUCAAGACGUAUUACAUUGAAUGAUGACGCUGUUUGAUCAUUAAAAAAAAAAAAAAAUCAGCCGUUAAAAUAUUUGAGAAAUAGGUCAUCAAAAAACAAAGCACCGGGCGGCCCUUUUUAUGAGCAGCUAAGACGAGCCGUCUUGUGGCCGGGUGAACUUUUAUGAGGAGCCGCUUUCUGGUGGGAGAUAACCUGCUCGGACCAGCAGAGAGAUGUCCGGUGUUUCCAGCAUCAGCAGAGGAGGGCUGUAGCCGUUAAAGCGGUCCGUCUGUCUCGGCUGGCUCUAUUUUAUUUCAUUUUUUAGGGAGAUCCAGCUGCUUUAAUAACUCACGUAAACGCCGCAGCCGCCGCGGCCGGGCUGAAUGCUUAGCCCGAGGAGAAAGCAACACCGACGGAUACCGACAGGGAGCACCUGGAGGCUGCUCUGCCGAGACCCAGGAAAUCACUCCUCGCUUCGCCUCUACAGCCUGGUAGCAACACAGUGCACAUUACUGUAGUUCUUAGAAACGGGAUUCCAAGAAUCCAGCUCAUCAACUCACUGACCUGCAAUAUGUGAACCUGGACAGCUCGGCCGCAACACGAGUACGAGUCAGUCUGAAUCGAAGAUGUCGAGCCGCCGGAAGUCCACCACGCCCUGCAUGGUGCUGCCUUCGGACGUGGUGGAGCAGGAAGCCGUAGAGGAGAAGACGGAGAGAACAAAGGAGGACGAGGCAGGGGAUGAGGAGGAGGAGGAGAGGAAGGGGAAGGAGGCGACGGAGGAGCUUGGCCAGGCGGUGGUAGUUGUUCCCACUCCACCGGAUUCAGAUGAAGCCGGCGUCUCCAGCGCCGACGACCUUAAAGUCGUCGGCUCCACACUGAAGUCCAGACCGAAAGAUUCGCCGGAGGACCCGAGUUGCGAUCAGACCGCGCAGGAGCCGCAGAGCGACUCGGCCGGGGCGGGAGGAGCGGACUCGGCUGCGGCUUCGGCCAUCUCCCUGAGCAAGACCCCGAUCAUGAGGAUGAAGACCAAGUCCGAACCCAAGAGGAUCGCCGUUUCCCUCAAAUCCUCUGAUGAGGGAGCGGGGGAGGGCGUGGGGGGAGGAGGAGGAGGAGGAGGAGGAGGAGACGGGGAACUGGGAGGGGAGCAGGAGCCCAUCGAAGCCCCGCUCGGACCGAUGACGCCCGUGGAGAAGCUGCUGCACAACUCCAUGAAGUUCGGAGGAGGGGGCCUGCUGGUCAGCCCACCGUCAGAGCAGCUGAGAAAAUCUUCCAUUUUAAACCCCACAGUUCUGCCUGCUGGUCUGGCACAGGUGCUUUCAGCGUUCCAGGCCCAGCAGAGUGCAGCAGCCGCAGCAGCGGCCGUCUCUCAGUCCCAGCUGCUGAUUCCUCUGAGCAGCAUCCCCUCCUACAGUGCAGCUAUGGACUCCAACCCUCUUCUGAUCAACACUUACAGGAAGUUUCCUUACCCCUCCCUGGCAGAAAUAAGCAGCCUGGCAUCACAGACGCAGUUCACAGAAGAGCAGAUCAAGGUGUGGUUCUCGGCCCAGCGUCUGAAGCACGGCGUCAGCUGGACUCCAGAGGAAGUGGAGGAGGCCAGGAGGAAGCAGUUUAAUGGGACCGUGCACACAGUGCCUCAAACCAUCACCGUCAUCCCCGCGCACCAGCUGUCCGCUGCGGCGAACGGCCUGCAGUCCAUCCUGCAGACCUGUCAGAUUGUGGGCCAACCUGGCCUUGUGUUUACACAGGUUGGUCCAGGUGGGAAUCUUCCAGUGACUAGUCCAAUCACGUUGACUGUGGCAGGUUUGCCCAGUCAGUCUCAGAGCUCCAGCAGAGUUUCCUGUCAGUCCACGCCGACAAACAGUGAGCUAAAACGGGCUACCACAGUCCAGCCUCCCUCUCUGUCUCCCCAGGAGAACUCAGCCCUCAGUGCUGACUCGUUCAGUCUGAGACCUAAGAAAUCCAAAGAGCAGCUGGCGGAGCUGAAAGCCAGCUACCUGAAGAACCACUUCGCCUCGGACGCGGAGAUCGCCCGGCUGAUGAAGCUCACCAACCUGACGAAGGGCGAGAUCAAAAAGUGGUUCAGCGACACCCGCUACAACCAGCGCAACUCCAAGAACAGCCACGUGAUUGUUUUCCACGACGGAGGGGGGCGAGGGGGGAGCAGUUCGAGCAGCGCUGCCAACACCCCUAUAGUCAUCGACUCGAGCGACGAGACCCCCGCGUCCCCUCACCCUCCGAGCACUUCCCCUGUGAAGGAGAAGGAGAAAGAGACCCGAGUCAAGACCUGGAACCCCUUCCCAGACUUCACUUUGCAGAAGUUUAAGGAGAAGACUCCCGAGCAGCUGGUGGUGCUGGAGGAGAGCUUCGAAAAGAGCAGCAUGCCGUCGGACGAAGAACUGAGUCGUCUGAGGACAGAAACCAAGCUGACUCGGAGGGAGAUCGACGCCUGGUUCAACGAAAGGCGGAAAGUCCCCACCGCGAGUACGUCCUCGCCAGAGUCGUCCGAGGGAGGAAAGAUCGAAACGGAUAACUCGAAGGCAGAGGAAGCAGGUGAACUAGGAGGCUCAAGCAACUCUCCUCCGUCUGCCUCCUCGUCUCGAAAGGGGAGUCAGACUCCUCCAGGAGGUCGCAGCAAGCAGCUGUCCGGCGGCGGCUGCAGCAAGAAAGACCUUAAAGAGAAAAGCAAAAAGACUCCAGAGCAGCUCCACAUUCUAAAAAGUGCCUUUGUGCGGACGCAGUGGCCCACGCCGGAGGAGUACGACCAGCUGGCAGAGGAGAGCGGCCUUCCCCGCCAUUACAUCGUCAGCUGGUUCGGGGACUCUCGGUACUCCUGGAAAAACGGGAACCUGAAGUGGUUCUUCCAGUACCAAAGUGGCAACGUCGAGGGACCGAGCGAAGGAGGCGGCGGCGGCAAAACGGGGGGCAGCGGUCGGAAAAGGCGUGGUCGGAAUCGCGGCUGGGGGCGGUCCAAAACCAGGAAGCAGCCAAAGAGGUCCUCCUCCUCUUCCAGCGCAGAUGUCAAAAGAUCCCCGCCAUCAAAGAAAUUCAAGACUGGGCGGGAAAUCCUGAAGGAGUAUUACCUGAAGCACCACUUCCUCAGCGAGCAAGACCUGGAUGAGCUGGUCACCAAGACCAACAUGAGCUACGAACAGGUGAGGGAGUGGUUUGCUGAGGUCCAGCGGCGCUUGGACUUGGGGUUGGAUCCCUUCCUGGAGCCCGGAGCUGCGGGGAGAACGGGCGGGGACAAAGCUGCGCGGGACGACGAGGAGGAGACGCAUGGAGAGAGAUCGGAGAACACCGAGGAGCCGGCGGGCGCAGGAGCGGGAGACGAGGAGGACGAUGAAGACGACGAGGAGGACGACGGCGACGAAACGGACGACAGUGAGGUUUGGGAGCCGUCACGUAGCGUCAGGAAAAGCUUGUCCCUUUCCGAAGACUAAAGACUGACAUUUGGCCUGAAAAUUGACUUGAGUUAGGCCGAUACCGGUCAGUUAGGUAAAUUAAGUUUUAUUUGUGUCCUUGUUUGCUUGCCACUGACGUGCAUGAACAAGAACUAUUUCACUGUCCAGUCAAGUCCACAUGAGAGUAAUAAUACACCAAUUAUUAGCUUUAGGUCAAGAUCAAACUUUGACAGAGGUCAUAAAGCAGCUGCUGCAAAAUUAACUUUAAAAGAAAAAAAAAGUGUUAAAACUGAGCUGAGAAUGAAAACUCCCACUAUAUAUCAUUCAGAAAUAACAGAUUAAAGCAAAAACUAGCUAGCUAGGAAACCUGGUAUGUAUAGUGGAAAGCACAUGGGAAAAUCUAUCUUCUUCAGGAUUGUGAAGGUAGUCAAAUCAUCAGCUACAAUUAUCUGUGUUUGAUCUCUGAUAAUCAAGUUUAAAGACUGACAGAAAACCACAAAUUUUUACGUUAAAGCUCACACUUCCUGCUUUCCGAAACCGACAACAAUUUCGUCACGCCGACGUUAAAGCGCGUUAGAUUUAAAGUUAAGUCUGAGUCGCAUCAAAAUGCGACAUUAGGACUAAAUCAUGAAUCUAAAUCCAGGAUUCGUUGUGGAUAUUUAUUCUAGCGUCUGAAAUUCAUUUAAAACGGCUGUUUGGUUUUAUGCUUCACCAGGAGUUGCGAUGACAUUUUAGUCCGAGGCUGAGGCUUCACUUGGCAAUAAAACGAGUAGCCAGAUGCUGCAUGAAUGCAAAUGCUAAAACGCUUUUAAAUAGUACGGAAUGUUUUCCCUUUAUACCGCCUUACCGCUUCAUCGAUAUUAUUACGAGUUUUUAACUGAACACCUGCAAAUUUGAACGGCGGCGACGCCACUGAAUGUGUGUGAAUUGAACUGCUGAUGAUGUUUUUGAACAUUUUCCUUUCUUUUUUUCCACUUUUUGAUAAAAAAAAAUAUAUAUAUAUAUGCCAUGUGCUUUUUUGACCCUUUUUUAAAAAGAGAUUCUUAGAUUCAAACAGUAAACAUGCUGUGCCAAAGCUGAAAGUGGUGCCUCCCAUGCAAGACGGCAAUUUGUGGCAGGAGACACUGGAGAACAAAGCAAAGCCCACUGUGAGGUUUAAAUCUAGUGAAAUCAGGCAUAAAAAGAUCAUGUCACGAUUCUAAUAAGAACAAAGUGACUGACUCGCGAUGUGUAGAUCUUUGUGUCCUGACCCAUACUGUAAGAAGAAACUGUUUAACAGUAUUUGAAAUUAUAAUCUGAACCCAUUCUGCACUGAAACCUUCCCCCCAGCCCCCAACCUAAAGCACUUAAACUCAUCUUUAAAAGUUUGCACUUUUUCCACUUGAUUAGGCACCUUAAGUCUCACAUUAUACCAUGAAAUGGCUCUGAGAGACCAACCCUGUUUUUUAUGACUAACCAGUAUUUUGCCUUUUAUAUUCCUUCUGUUUUCACACAUGAAGGGAUAUAAUCAGUGUAUUGAUUUUUCUAUUUAUAUACCACGUGUUUUAAAGAGCUGGACAUUUGUAACUGCUCAAAAAAAAAGAAAAGAACAAUCAUGCACCAUUUUUUCUGCACUAAAAAUAAUGUUGUAUUAUUAGCCCUGCGUUUUGAUAACCUGUCGAUUUGACGAAGCCUAAAAGUUGUUUUUGUUGACUGUUUCGCUUUAAAUGAUAGGAGCUUGUUUUGUUAUUGCUCCGUUCGCCCCUUGAUGACUCCUUAUGCCUUUUUAUUGAGUCUUUUUUGUCAGACCCGUGACUAGACUCAUGAUGUGCACGUCCCAGCAGCGUUCUGUUGAGUUCCCUUUUGUCACAGACUUGACACCCUGGGGAACCAGAAACCAAAAGACUGAAAAACUGUUCCAGUAAACAAAGAGGACGGUCUCAGUUGUGAUGAAGAAGCAGGACGGCCUCCUCUUUUCUGUGGAAAAUCUACCAAACGACGCCCCCGUUUACUGCUUUAAAAAGAAACGGUACGACGAUCUAAAAGCUGUCCCAACUACUGUUCGUCGGUGACUCCGAUGGCUAAACCUUCGUGCCUACACGGCUCCUACACUUGUUUUGAACUCGAGUUCAUGAACUCUUCAAUGUGAAAAUUAAAAAAAAAAACAAAAAAAAACCCUUCUUAAACACGUUUUCUUCAGACUAAAUAAUGUUCAAACUCUGCUUUCCUCCGACAUUAGAAGAUGACCGGAACCUGAAACGGAUUUCAGAAAGUCUGCUUUUUAAGUCUUUUAACGAAGCUACUUGUAUUUUGUCGCCAGGCACUUGUCACAGCCAGACAUGGAAACGUUCGGUUUCCCUCACGGCGUUUAUAUGAUCUCGUUUUUGAACAGACUUUUGACUGUUGGCUGUAAUUUAUCUUGAUUUUAGGAACUGACAGAGAGCUGACUUUAUGCAUUUUGUCGUUCAGUGACAAGUGCCUGUCCAUGACAUGAAUAACCUGUAAUGUUGAAGUGUACUUUUGUCAUAUGUUGCAUGCGAUAGCCAGAACAAACAUCUCAUGUUGUACAUACGAAAUGUGAGGUUGGUGGACUUGGGACAGUCUGAUCAGGGCUAAGCUGCUUUUGUGGUUUCAAUAAUACCUGAUACAUUUUUCUUAUCAGACUUCAACAAUGAGUUAAUUGUCAUGAUCAUGACUCUAGAGACAUUUGUUUAAUAUCAAAGUUAACUCCUUUGAUGCAAACAUAAAAAGGUACCUUUCCACUGUGUUACUCUGAACCAUUUCCUCCAAGUACUUCCAGUAUUUUCCAGGAACCUUUUAGAUAUCCUCUGUCUUUUUCUUGAGUGUGUUUCCAGCGAUGAGUUCAAAACCAUUGUAUUGAUGUAAAUGAAGCUUUUAGGCUUUUUGUUACCAUAUACAAAGAGGCAAUACUUAUUGUUUUCAAGCAGCAUUCAAACUCAAUCGCUGAUUCAGAUUUGUUCGUCUGUGGAUGCAGAUAUCAACCCACGGCAGACGUUGGCCUCAAAGAUUGCAUUCUUUACAACAAACCUGUAAAGUAAAGUCUUUGAAUAGAUUCCUGUUUCUCUAUAAAUCCACAGGCAUCCCCGUGUUUUGUUCACAUUUCAAGAUGAGAUGAUUGUUACCACACCAUGCCACAAAGUGAUCCACCAGCUCUUUGUACUCAGCUUCUUGUCCAUUUCUGAUCCAUCUGGUAAUGGAGGCAUUGUCUGAGUAUUUCUGCAGAUGACAGGAGUCUGACUUGUACUGGAAAGAUUAGUUUACAGAGUAAAAAGAGUGGUGUGAGGACCGUUCCCAUGGCACUCCUGUGCUGCUGACCAACUGGUCAGACAUUUCACUCUUCAGUCACACCGAUACCAACCCAGGGGUUUAUUCUGCUGCCUUUACUUGUAAGCAUUUCUUCCAAAGUCGUUACAUUCUGAAACAGAAGUAAAAUCAAAGCCAUUAGACAUUCGUAAUAUGCUAAAAUUAUUUCAGUUUUAAAUAAGUAAUGCAAUCAUGGUGCAGCAGAACUUCCCAGCUUCCCUUUUACCUAGCAUUAUGAACUCUGUAAGCCAUUUAAACUUUACUAAAACAUGUUUUUGAGCUGCUCUCUCUAAACCCAAAUAUCCAUGCUUAAUUUAAUUCAUAUUCCUCUAAGCUGAUUUUACCAAUGCAUUUUGAACAUACAGCUUGGCUUGAAUGUUUGCAAGCAAAAAUAGAAAUUAUUCCUCAUGUAUCAGUUAGUAUUACCAGCAAAUAUUCACUUUCAAUUUGAAUAUAAAGACAAAACAGCAUUUUCUUUCCCCAGUCCAGAUGAUAUGGAUAAAGCAACAUCUUCAUGAGAACAGAACCUGCUAAGGCGUUAGCGCUCUGCCAGCUGCAGGAUCCAGCUGGAUUCUCAGAUAUCGCUAUGGAGACGGCCAAAAUAAAAACACAGCUUUCUCCUUAUUUACAGACGUACGCGCUCUGUGCUGGUGUACUUGCUGCUGUGAAUCAUUUCGUUAGCCAGGGAGCAAGCGCAAAGAGGAAGAAGGCAGCGGCACGGCCGUUUUCCAGCAGUCUACAACCCGCCGUCCGUCUCCAUGCUUGAUGCAUUUAUGUGACUCGACUGUAAUUGGUUCUGAAUACAUACAGAAAGAAGCGCUACCUCUCUACCCGGGCAGUAGAUUUCUACUCUGGUAAUGUGAUUCCAUCCUGGUUCCCUCAGUGGAAACGGCAGAGGUAAAAGGUUCCUGCGGUGAGAAUAUGCUAUGAAUUACAGUUUACAGCAGAACGAUCUCUCUACGUGGAGCUGCCACGUGUCAUGUCAACAAACGCCUGGUACCGUUUCAGAAGUGUUCGACUCUCUAGACGUUCACGCAGACAGAGAGUGGUUUAGUCCACAGGUUAGGCCUCCUGCUCCCAGGUCUCCAGCCCUCACCGUUUUACUGUGUGCUAUUUCCUUUUCACAAUAAUCUGUCCCGAAUGGCCGUGUCCGCUUCUGUAAAUACAAAAAAAAAUAAAAAAUAUUGUCGUCACAUCGCUUAUAGACAUUCAGUGAAUAGAUGUUGAACAGACUGACUCCUGCAACGUUUGGUCUGUCCAGGUGCCAUAUUUGUUCACCGCGUCGUGAUUCUGUCCCCGGCCCUCAUCAUGUAUCCCAGUUAACUUUGUGCUGAUGGUCUAAGAGCGAACAUUGUGAUCUGAACCGUUUACCUGCUGUGUCAUUUCUGUACCCUUUACUGUACUUCUGCUGUAGUCCUCACCUGUUUAAUUUAGACGGCUAGAUGGUGGAACGAUCCUCACAGCAAUCGGUCAUCUUUAGACGAACCCCGGGUCCAUCCUGUCAGAGGGUCAACCAUGUACAAACAAAGUAAAAUGUCUUUUUAAAACCA